GUUCACUCAGGCAAUUAUCAUUGGACCAAAAGUUACCCAGGUUGAAAAUGGACUCAGUGGUGAAAGUGAAAGGUGUGAGCUCGGUGGACGGAUGGUCCGAAAGGGGCGUAACGUCACCGACAGCUAGCGUUGCCGCUGCUCCAGUUUGCCACUUAGCUAGCUUCCGUCUCACCGCCGAGGCGAGGCUGCCGUGGCUUCCUGCGGCGGUGGAGUCGGCUGGAUGUGAUCCCCGUGGCUCUCCGGGAGCUGGGAAUGAAAGCGACACGGCCAUAAAGGAGCGUCUCUCCUCCACGUCGGCCCUUUUCCAAGUGGAGCGUUUACUUCUGACCGGCGAAGAUAUUAUGAGGAAUCCACGGACCGAUUUAGCCUUGACAUUCUGGCUAUUUCUAGAGGCUGUAGAGGCCAAAAAGUACUGCUGGUAUUUUGAGGGUGGAUACCCAAUAUACUUCAUAUGUCGCUCGUACGAGGACUGCUGCGGGACUCGCUGCUGUGUCAGAGCUCUGUCCAUCCAGAGACUGUGGUACUUCUGGGUGCUGCUGAUGAUGGGGGUGCUGUUCUGCUGCGGUGCUGGCUUCUUCAUCCGGAGAAGGAUGUAUCCUUCGUCUCUUAGAGAUGAGCCUACCUUCAACGUAUCUUUCACCAGAAACCCUGUCACCACACCGGUUUCCCAGCAGCCGGGAAGCAUGCACGGCUUCGGCGUGAACGGGAUGACGGGUGGGGACCCAACGCUUACCACGACGCACCCCACAUAUCCGCCACAGCCCGGCUCCACCCACAUGAUGCUGGCCUCCUACCCUCCACCGCCAUCUUACUGCAACCACCCGCCACCGUCCUAUGAACAAAUUUUCCACAACAGCGACAAGAAGUAACAUCUGCAAGCACAAUAAGGAGAAGAAGAAGGAAGUGCACCAUUUGUUUGAACCUUAACUAUUUUGUGAGAACAGUGACACUCUGUUUGUUGUCCUGUAGAAAAGACCAAAAAAAAAAAAAACAGGCACAGCAGUCCAAAUCUAGAUCCACAUGCACACAUUCAUUUGCAUUCACCACUUAUUUUCUUCAUCAUUCAAGUGGAUCAGGUGGAUUCACUGUCACCAGCUUCCUUUUUUCUCUCAACUGCACAAUGUUUAAUGCCAUUGAAACGUGCCAUGUAAUAAAAAGUGGGAUAUUA